UCUCCUGCCGGUGGCGGAUUCGCGCGGGGCGGCGGCAGGGCCGGGCCCGGCCGCGGGCAGGAUGCUUGCCCGGGGCAGGCGGCUCUUCCGCAGCUGCUGCGAGCCCUUCUUCAAGGGCCGGUUCCUGCUGGCCACCAACACGGUGAGCUGCGGGGCGCUGCUGGCCGCCGGCGACGCGCUCCAGCAGACGCGGGAGCGGCGGAAGGACCCGGCCAGGCCGUGGGAGCUGGCUCGCACAGCGCGCAUGUUUGCCAUCGGCUGCAGCAUGGGGCCCUUGAUGCACUACUGGUACCUCUGGUUGGAUGGAGCCUUUCCCGCAAGCGGCUUUAAGGGCAUGAAAACCGUCCUGAAGAAAGUCCUCAUUGACCAACUGGUGGCAUCGCCAGCGCUGGGAGUCUGGUAUUUCUUAGGCAUGGGUGCCCUGGAGGGCCAGACCCUGGAGGAGAGCUGGAGGGAGCUGAAGGAGAAAUUCUGGGAAUUUUACAAGGCUGACUGGUGCGUGUGGCCAGCGGCUCAGCUCGUGAACUUCCUCUUCCUCCCACCCAAGUACCGGGUGGUUUAUGUGAACACGAUUACGCUGGGCUGGGACACAUACCUCUCCUAUCUCAAGCACAGGCAUAACCAGCCCCUGAGCACCGAGCACGACUUGCAGCAUGUAAACCAGCGCAGCAUUGGGAUGUGAACAGACAGCGCUGAAGCCGUUCUCGAAGACUGCUGCCCUGUUUUCGUAACCUGCACAGUGCUAAUUGGUUAUUUGGGUUUCCCGGCUGCAAGCGCUGUGGGUGUGGGCAGGAGCCGGCUCGUGGUGGCCACGAACGAGGCCUCGACCCAGGGAAGAAAAAUUGAUUCCCGGAGACAAUCACAGCCGUGGGCUGCACUUCACUGCAGCCCAGGAAGAUCUUGCUAAUUAACUCGUCUACUGAUUGCAAUUAGGGAUUUAGAGAAUCUUGUGUCAAAGGCUAUUUAAUAGAGCUGAUUUUUCUAUUCUUCCACAGAGCCCGUGCUGUUAGGGGUGGGAGCAGCUGCUGCACUUGCGCUUUGCAUCUAGCACCUGGGGGGGACUGAUCCCCAGGGCUCUCUGCUCUGCUGCAGGCAGGUUUUUCCCUUCCCCAGCAAGGUCGGCCCCCUUGCUCGCCUCUAACAGCUUCUGGAAGGGAGCAGCCCUGACAGCAAACACAGCAGCUCCAACCCAUUCCUUGCUCCCAAUUCAGCCGUUUGUCUGGCAAAUCGCUGCCGCUCCCUCUGAUCACAUCCUAGCGCCUCCAACCUUUCCCUGUUUUUUUUUCUCUUUGCAAAUUCUUGCCAAUUACCAUGGGAAAGGUCACUGUAUCUAGGGCUACCUUUCCCCUCUCUCUGCAUUCCCCUCUCUGUUUCAGGGGAUGAACUCCACUGUGGUGGGCUGCAAACUUACAAUUGUAGCUGUGUAAUCUCUGCCCCCGCCCCCCCCCCCCCAUCAAACACAGCUGAACGCAAAAGAUGGAGUUAGAAGAGAGGCUUUGCUAAGGCCUUCUUUAGGGAAAGCCCUACGCUGGGACCACACCAGCCCCUCUUCUGGCUCAGCUCUCAGCAGGCCCUGCCAGGAGCUCUUUUAGGGCCAAGCAGCUCUGGCUCAGCCCUCGAGCCACAGCUCUGCUGGCUGCUUUCACCACCCCCCCAUCCCCACAGCAGCAACUGCCUGCACCCAACCGCAGGGCUGGUCCCGCUGCGGCCAGCGUCUGCUCCCCCAGUCCGGCCCCGCAUCGUCCCUUCCCUCGUGGCUUUUCCCCAGAAACCCUCAUGUGCUCGUCGGCUGCCCUUGCCCCUCGUCAGGCUGCAAACUCUCAUUUCCUUGCGCCCUCCUGCAUGCAGGCUGCUCAAGCUUGGGGCUGGGCCCUUGCUUUGUGCUCCAGCGCAGGAGGCUGCUGGAGCAUCGCUGCGGGGCCCCAGGCAAGCGCGAUGCUCAUACUGUAACCUGGAACUUAUUUAUUUACAGCAUUGAUGAAGAUUGGCUCAAUGUGCCUAAAUCGACUUUUCUAAAGAUUAAAGAUGAGCUUUACUUACAGCUCUGUCCUCGCUCCUGAACCACACUGCCGUCAGGGUGGGACCAGCCCUCCCACGGCUGUGCGCCACGCUGCUGGAGUGUGCCGGGAGCCAUUUGGCAAAUGCAAAUUACAAAAACCAGAUACUUGGUCUUUGUCACAGAGCUUGAAAUUGCUAAUCUGAGGAGGAAAGAGGUUAGAAGCAGCAGGGAAAUGGCCCUUCCCCCUGCUUGGGGGUCGCCCCGGCUGGGGAGGCAGCGCUCACUGGCCUCCCCCUCCUCCCCUGCCUCCUGCAAUGACGGGGAGUAACUGGUGAUCAGCAUUGAUUUAUUUCUUCACAACAUUUCUUUAAUACAGUGAUUUUUAGGAAAUUGUACUCUUUUGACACUUUUGACAUUUGUACAGUACAGUGUAACUCUUCCAUAAGUAAACUUCACAAAAAUAGGAAGGUGGAAGGGGGGAACAGGAUACUGUGGUCAGGGGACCUGUAAAAUAAAGACACGGCGCUCCAAGAAAAAUAAAUAGAGGGAAGCAAGACCUCCGGGUCAGUCA